AUGGCAGAUAUAUUUGGUCCGGGACAUGAGCCAUAUAAAAUACUGGAUCGAUUACAAUUACGGUGCUAUCUGCCGCACGAAAUCGAGCGGAUCAGUGUUCUAAGGAUUACCGAAACAAAAGCAUUCGAUGAAAUUGGACAUCCAAUUAGUGGUGGUUUAUAUGAUUUGCGAUUGGGCCCGUUAGAGACAUUCGACACCUGUGAGACAUGUCAUCAGCAAGGGACUUAUUGUCCAGGACACAUGGGCCAUAUUCAGCUCGAUAUUCCAGCGUUCAAUCCACUUUUAUUCGGUUUCACUUUUUCCUUAAUGAAUGGAACGUGUGUACAGUGUCACAGAUUAACGUGCAACUCAUCUGGUUUGCCAGCGAAACUCCUUCUAGCUCAGCUUCGAGCACUGGAUCUUGGUCUCGUUUCAGUCGCGCAAGAACUUGAUGGUUUUAUCAAAGAUCAUUUUUCUGCAGAAAGUGGGACUGGAACUUUGGAUGGAAAUGCACCAAUUCUCUCAGAUGAAAUCAAUGCGUGCAAAGAACUGGAUAACUUUCUCGAUAAAUUCAAUGAGCAAGUGGGUUCAGGCAUUGACAAAAAUCGGUCUUUUCCCGUUAAAAAUGCCUUGGAGUUGAGAAGAUCGUUGAUUCGAAAUUUUUGUAGAGAACAGCUUUUCAAACAUCGGCGACGAUGUAGAUUAUGUAAUCGAAGUAAUGGAAUCAUUCGUAACGAUGGUGGCCGUUGCAUUUUGAUUGAUUUUGGUGGAACGAAUAGUAUGAAACGACUGAAGCGGACGGUACGUUCUGCACCCCUUGAAAAUAUUGGAAAUAUCGAGGAUCAGGAAAUUGACGCUGGUCAGGAUAUGAAAGCAGAAGACAAAAAGUUUAGCGACGAAAGGAUUGCUUAUGGGUCAUUAGCGAGUACCUCAGAACAAAUUUUGCGUGAUCAGAUGCAGUGGGUGCUAAGGGGAAAUUGCGAUAAGUUAGCUUGGCGAGGCGCUGAGGUACGGGAACAUUUUCGUAUACUUUGGCAAAACGAUGGGCCUCUACUGAAGAAAGUGUUCCCUGUGUUCGAUUCUGAAGAUGACAGACAUUGUCCUCUUGAUGUUCUAUUUUGUGAAGCAGUGCUAGUUCCACCUACGAAGUAUCGACCAGUUCGAAUCUUCAAAGGUGAUAAAUUUGAAAAUCCACAGAGUGUUAAUCUUCGAAAAUUGUUAGAAGCUUCAGAAACAAUUCGAGCUAUUCGGUUAGCAUUAUCUGGGAACAAUGAAAAAGCUGUUUUGAACUUGGUGUCAGAAAAUGUUCUUGGACAAACAAUGCAAGCCAAAAUGCAUAAUGCAUAUUUGAUACUGCAGCAACGUAUGGGAGCCAUUUUCGAUCAAGAUCUAGACAAGUGGACAGAUGUAAGAAUUCAGGUCCCUGGUAUCAAGCAGAUUUUAGAGAAGAAGCAGGGCUUAUUUCGUAUGAACAUGAUGGGCAAACGUGUUAAUUUUGCUUGUCGUUCUGUGAUCACCCCAGAUCCCUAUCUAGAUAUUGAUGAAAUUGGUAUACCUGAGCUUUUCGCUAAGAAACUUACUGUAACCGAAUCUGUGAAUGCUAUGAAUUUGGUUAGAUUACGAAAAAUGAUCAAAAACGGUCCAAAUUUUCACCCUGGUGCCAACUUUAUUCAAAAACCAGGUCGAUACACACAAGUUUUGUCGGUAAAUAAAAGAAAUGAGCGCGAUGCAGCUGCAAAACGCCUUCAGCCGGGUAGUAGCUCUCAUCUUGGUUAUCCUAUUCAGGUUCUGCGACAUCUAGAUAAAGGUGAUUUAGUGCUAAUGAAUCGGCAACCAUCCUUGCAUAAACCAUCAAUGAUGGGUCACAGAGCUCGGGUGCUUAAAAGCCAGCGAGCACUACGCAUGAAUUAUGCACCCUGCAAAGCAUACAAUGCUGACUUUGAUGGUGAUGAAAUGAAUGGACAUUUUGUACAAAAUCGAAUUGCGCAGACUGAGCUUGCAGAAAUUGCUAAUGUUGGAUCAAAUUUUUUGGUGCCGAAAGAUGGAACGCCCUUAUUGGGUCUGAUCCAAGAUCAUGUAGUGUCAGGAGUUUUGUUAACAAUCCGGGGACGGUUUUUCAAUAAAGAAGAUUUUAUGCACUUGGUACUUUCGGCCUUCGCUGAAACUACGCAACGGUUGGUCAUUCCACCUCCAGCUAUGUUAAAACCAGAGGUUUUAUGGAGCGGAAAGCAGAUAAUAAGCACAGUAUUAAGAAAUUGUAUUCCUCUGCAUAAACCAUUGCUGAAUAUAAGGAGUAAGGCGAAGACUCCACUUUCAUGUUGGAAAGUUGAGGAUCAUUCUGCACCGAAGUUCAAUAUGAGUGAGUCAGAAGUUGUUUUCAGGCAGGCCGAAUUACUGGUAGGUGUGUUAGAUAAACAACAUUAUGGAAGCACACAAUAUGGAUUAAUACACUGUUGCUGGGAUCUAUAUGGUCAUCAAUUUGCUACACGAAUUUUAAGCUGUUUCUCACGUCUUUUUACAACUCAUCUGCAGUAUCAUGGGUUUACUCUUGGCGUCGCAGAUAUUCUUAUUCGAAAAGAAGCAGACAAGCAAAGAAAGAAAGAGAUUAAAGCGCUUCGGAAAUGUGGUGAUACUGUGGUUAGAGAGUGCUUCAAUUUGGAUGAGGAUGCGGAUGAAUCGGAAAUAAAACAUGUAAUGGCAAGUGCGUAUUGUAAUCCGAAAGGUGAGCAAAAUUAUAUACAACAGUUGGAUUACAAGAUGAAAGAAACAUUGAACCGUGUCUGUAUGCCAGCAGGACUGAUAAAAUUAUUCCCACAAAAUGCAUUGCAAUUGAUGAUACUUUCCGGUGCUAAAGGUACAAUGGUCAAUUCAGUUCAGAUAAGCUGCGAACUGGGCCAGAUUGAAUUGGAAGGACAUAGACCACCAAUGACGAAUGCAGGUCGUACACUGCCAUCUUUUCGUUCUUUCGAUACUUCACCACGUGCUGGUGGUUUUGUCGAUCAACGGUUUUUGACAGGCAUUAAUCCGCAAGAACUAUUCUUCCAUACCAUGGCUGGACGAGAGGGCUUGAUUGAUACGGCUGUGAAAACAUCUCGAUCUGGUUACUUGCAACGUUGUAUUGUGAAACAUUUGGAAGGCCUGGUAGCGCAAUAUGAUUCCACUGUGCGUGACCAUGAUGGUAGCAUCAUCCAGUUCCGAUAUGGCGAAGAUGGGAUGGAUGUCUGUAAAAGCACAUUUAUGGAUUCUAAACAAUUUGAUUUUCUGGCUGAUAACAUGCAAGUGUUACGUUCACGUGUACUACCGGUAGAUUAUAACGAAGAUGAUUGGGAUUUGAAGAAAUGUGAAAAAGCGUACAAAAAGAUCAAAAAAUGGCGUCGUAAAUACGGCAUACACAAAAGAAAAGUAUAUACGAGUGGUUAUGUGGAGUUUUCCAAGGAGUAUCGAGGAACGCCGAAAGAAAAAGUUCAAAAGAUGUGGUUUGAAUUAACUGAUGAAGAGCGUUAUGAGUAUCAUAGCAAGGCUGGUAAAGCUUGCCCAACUGCUGUUGAUGAGAAGAUGAAUCCAAAUCGUUCUUUGGGUGCUUUGCCGCAGAAACUUCUUGACGAUAUAGAUGACUACAUAUGCAGGAAGUCAACUACUGAUGCUGAUAUUUCGCUUGAUACCUUUCGAAAAUCUUUAUAUUGGAAAGGAAUGCGUUGUCGGGUGGAUCCUGGCGAAAAUGUUGGCUUGUUAGCGGCCCAGUCUAUUGGCGAGCCAUCAACUCAGAUGACCCUGAACACUUUCCACUUUGCGGGAAGAGGUGAAAUGAACGUUACUUUGGGUAUUCCUCGGUUACGCGAAAUUUUGAUGACUGCUAGUAAUGACAUUAAAACACCCAGUACAGAAAUUCAUAUAAAGCCGGGUACUUCGUCGGAGCGCAUUGAAACUAUCAAAAGAGAGUUAGGUCGAAUUUAUUUGAAAGAAUUAAUUAAGAAAUUCACAAUUGAUGAACGCAUUAAUCUUGAUGGAAAAGAAACAUGGCGCUGCUACGAUCUUCGUAUUGAGCUAUUACGAGCGAAAGAAAGAAUUGAAUGUAUCCGACACAUAUCACGUCAUCGGAUAUUGACCGAAGUGGAACGUCGAUUCGUGAAAGCAAUUGGAAAGCGUAUUUCUGAUCGAUGCAGAGAGAUGACUGAUCAUCAGGCAUUACAACAUAAAAAACUGAAAUUGAAUAAUUUGACUGUUGGUACUGGAGACGAAAAAGAAACAUCAAAACCCAAGAAACAGGAUGAUGAAUUGAGUAGCGAUGAAGAAGAUGGUGGAGGGAUUGACCUAGAUGCUGAUGGAAUGCGUAUUCUGAAACGUCACUUAGAUGAUGCUGCAGAAUAUGAAGGGGAAGAAGAUGAGCAGCGAAUCGUCCUAUCGCAGCAGAAAGUUGAGGAUACUUUUAUGGAAAUUUCAACCGAAAGUGAAGGCGAAAAUGCAGAAACAACAGUGGAACGAGAUGCAGAUGCAAAUGAUUCGUCGCUUGAUGCUCAAUUAAGGUCUCAGGAAGCAGAAGCUUCCCGUAUACAGAGUGUCAUUACAUCAUCACCUUUGGUAAAAGAUUACAAAUUCGAUGUGAAAAGCAAUCGAUGGUGUACUGUCACUUUUCAGCUACCGUUGAGCACCAAAACAAAAUUAGAUGUAGGUGCUUUGGUUGAAAGAGAAUUGGAAAAUUUCUUAGUCUGGGAAACACCGGGAAUUGAGAAGUGUAUUGUUCGCUGUGAAAAUCGCGGUGAUGAUCAGUACCAGGUUUUGGCUACGCAGGGUAUCAAUGUGCAGGCAUUGAUGAAACAUUCGGAUGUGCUUGAUGUGAAUACGUUAUAUUCUAAUGAUCUGAACAUGAUGUGUAAUAAUUAUGGUAUCGAAGCAUGUGGUCGAGCUUUAGUAAAAGAAAUAAUUCGUGUUUUUACACCGUAUGGAAUCGAUGUAAAUUGGCGACAUUUAACACUUGCUGCUGAUUACAUGACUUUUACGGGGAGAAUUCAACCGUUUAGCCGUGGUGCAAUGAGUUUAAGUGCUUCACCGCUUCAGCGAAUGACGUUCGAAACAACAAUCGCAUUCAUGCGUGAUGCUCUUAUAAAUGGUGACGAUGAUCAUUUAAUGUCUCCAUCAUCGAGAUUAGUGAUUGGUGGAUUAUUACGUGGUGGUACUGGUAUUUUUGAUGUUAUGUUACCUAAACUUAAUAUUUUAACUGCUUAUAAUAAAUCUUAG